CUCUGCCUGCGUCCAUUAGAUGCAAUCUUACAAUUCUAACGAUAUGACGAUAUUAGAUGAAUGGAAAAAACCGGAGGGGCUCUCCCUUCCGAAACCUCAUUGGUAAAAGCUUUAUGCGAAUUGCAGCGCAAACAUAGACACGAUACUCAGCAGAAGCAUAGUCGCUUCUAUGUUCCACGCAAAAACAUUUGGCGGCAAAGGGCUUUAUUCCACUCGAACUACCUAAGAUCAUCCCCGGAAUGACGCUCGACAAAGGAAACGACCAUUGAUGGUGGUCAUCGUCGCACAAUGGUCUUGCAGGGGAAGACCCCGGGGAUACCUCAGGGAGGGCUCACCAUGGGUAAUCAGAACACAAUAUCGACUUGGACUGAUGGCAGCUUCCGUCUAGUUUCAGAUACGUGCAGCUGUUGAGUGAUUCGUCCCUGGGCCGACAAUACACGGAGUGCCCCUCCCCAUUGAUCGGCUAUUGACCAACACCCCAGGAGGCAGUACACUGUUCACGAGACAAAUCUGUGAUAAUCAAG